UCUGAGAAGAUAGGGCCUGCUUUAAGUGCCACUCUAAAACAAAAGUCAACGACGUCGAUUAAAGCCUCCAAAAUGAGCGUCGUCAGUGGUGGUGGUAAAGGUUCUCUGGCAGAGAUGAAGUCAGUUGCGGUUGCCGUGAACGCCGAAAACGUAAGUGGAGGAGGCAGCGGAAGUCGACGCGCCGUGCUGUGGGCGGUGGAGAAUCUCAUGAACACAGCUGAUCGUUUCAUCUUAGUCCACGUUAUGCCUCCCAUUAUUUCAGUUCCAACUCUGUCAGGGGAAUGUAUACCUGUAGCUGAGCUCGAUGAGAAUGUGGUGAAAGUGUAUGUGCAGGAUGUGAAAUUAAAGAUUGAGGAAAUCUUUGUUCGAUAUAAAAAACUAUGCAAGACAAGGAAGGUAGAAACAUUAGUCUUAGAGGAUGAUAAUCCAGCAUCUGCACUUCUAAGAUAUGUAUCUGAGGCUAGGAUAAGUAGCUUAGUUUUGGGUUCUUGCAAUACAAAUUGUAUAAUGAGGAAACUGAAGGGACCAGGGGUACCAACGACUAUCCUGAAAUAUGCACCCAGCACCUGCAAUGUUUAUGUUGUAUCUAAGCGUCGAGUCAUCACAGAAUCAGCUAAUUCAACAUCAACUAGUGAGACCAGCACAGGGCGCCAAAGACUUACUCAAAGGGAUUCUGGAGACAUCUACAAUGGCAUUAAUGAACAAUUAUCAGGGAUAAGUACUUCCUCUGUGGAUACCAGAGUUCUUAAGAACUUUGGAUCAUCAUCAGAGAGUUAUCCAAUUUCUUAUGCAUUUUUUGAAACUACUCUCAGCAAGCAACACAAUUCCAUGGCUUCUACAAUAUCUGAGCAGUCAGCUGUGCAUGCCGAAGUAGAAAUGCUGCGGCUAGAAUUACAAACUACUGUCGCCAUGUAUGAAAGAGCUUGUGAAGGGCUGGUCCAUGCCCAAACCAAGGUCCAGUCACUUUCUUCUGAGUGCCUUGAAGAGGCAAGAAAAGUGAAUGCUGCCCUGGAAAGAAAAGAAACUUUGUCAAAAAUUGCUGCCGAAGAGAAAGCAAAGCAUUUGCAAGCCUUGAAGGAGGUUGAGGAUGCAAAAAAUUUGCUUGAUAAGGAAGUUUAUGAAAGAAAAAUUGCUGAACUCAAGGCCCUGAAGGAAUCCUCAGAGAAACAAAAAAUUGUUGAUGCACUUUUAUAUAAUGACAGGAGAUACAGAAGGUAUACUGAGGAUGAAAUUAAGAUAGCAACAGAUUUCUUCUCUGAAAAUAGUGUUAUUGGUGAAGGAAAGUAUGGGAAAGUUUAUAAAUGUAAUAUUGAUCACACUCCUGUAGCUGUUAAGGUUCUUUGGCCGGAUGCUGUCAGCAAGAAAAAUGAGUUUCUGAAGGAGGUUGAAGUGUUAAGCCAGAUACGGCAUCCACACAUGGUUCUGCUGCUUGGGGCAUGUCCUGAGGGCGGUUGCUUGGUCUAUGAAUACUUGGAAAAUGGAAGUCUGGAUGCAUUUAUUUAUCACCAGAAUGGAAAGCCUUCACUUCCUUGGUUUGUUCGGUUCCGCAUAGUUUUUGAAGUAGCUUGUGGGCUUGCAUUCUUACACAACUCAAAGCCAGAACCUAUUGUCCAUCGAGAUCUGAAACCGGGUAAUAUCUUGUUAGAUGGAAAUUAUGUGUGCAAAAUUGGAGAUGUUGGGCUGGCCAAACUCCUGUACAACAUCGUGCCUGACAACGUCACAGAGUACAGAGACUCUAUUCUUGCUGGUACUUUUCACUACAUGGAUCCAGAGUAUCAGAGAACUGGCACCGUUCGGCCUAAAUCAGACGUGUAUGCUUUUGGGGUUAUUAUACUUCAGCUGUUGACAGCUCGACAUCCAAAUGGACUCAUUUUGAAAGUUGAGAAUGCCAUCAAGAGCAGCACCUUCGCGAACAUAUUAGAUAAGUCAGUUUCAGAUUGGCCACUUGCUGAAGCAGAGGAAUUAGCUCAAAUUGCAUUGAAGUGUUCAAAGCUUAGAUGUAGAGACAGACCAGAUCUUGAUACUGAAAUUAUGCCAGUUCUUAAGAGACUCAAAGAUUUUGCAUCUACUCGAGUAAACUUGAAUAGAGAUAAUAUUUAUCCACCAAACCACUUCUUCUGCCCGAUCCUUCAGGAAGUAAUGGAAGAUCCAUACAUUGCGGCUGAUGGUUUUACAUAUGAGCACAGAGCAAUCAAGGCAUGGCUUGAAAGACAUAGUGUAUCACCAGUGACCAAGCUUCGGCUCCAGCAUUCACAGGUCAUUCCAAACUACACGUUACGUUCUGCCAUACAGGAGUGGAAGUCACCUAUGACAUAUUCAGACGCUAUCUCUACAAAAAAUUGAUAAAAUGCUCCACUUUCAAAGAGCUUGCCAUAGGUAGAAUGCACUUUUAAUGAAAAUUAGCAGGAGUAAUUGGUGUAUGGUGUGAAAUAAUCAACUAAGUUGUAUAGGGUGAAUGUUCGAGCGACUUUCCAAUGAUCUGUAAUAAGUAAAUUGCAUUGUUAUAUUAAGUUUAUACAAUUUGUCUA